AAAGAAUGCGACUGUUCCCAUAGCAAAAUGGUGUGGACAUCCCAAAUCCGCGAAGCGAAGUCAGCCAUGAAGUCAGCCUGCCCUAUCGCAGGGACCGACGCCCGAGCUUGCUGUUUGCUCUUCAAAUUGUCGAUUUUGCAAGAUGCUAGCCCGAAGCUUGUCCCCCAAAGCAACUAAGUACAAAAUAUAUAUAUAUAUUUAUAUCGACGCUAUUUCGGUUUGCGAUAGCUUACGCCCGACGUCUAAACAUGCAGCUGAAACAUCUCAAGACGCUUUUAACACCUCAGGAGGCCUCGGCCAAAGUGACUUGCAUGGCCUGGGCCCCGAAUAACAGCAAACUUGCUGUUUGCACUGUGGACCGAGUGGUGCUGCUUUACGAUGAGCAGGGUGAGAGGAGGGAUAAGUUCUCUACAAAACCCAUCGACUCCAAGUACGGGAAGCAGAGCUACGUGGUCAACGAUAUGGCGUUCUCACCCGACUCCACCAGGAUCGCCAUAGGCCAGUCGGACAACAUCAUUUAUGUGUACAGGAUCGGAGAGGACUGGGGGGACAAGAAAACCAUUUGCAACAAAUUUAUCCAGACAAGUUCCGUGACACGCCUGCUCUGGCCUGCAGAGCAUGCUAUCGUUUAUGGUUUAAUGGAUGGAAAGGUUCGCCUCGCCAACGUUCAGACAAACAAGUCGUCGCCCAUCUACGGCACAGAGUCCUGUGUGGUCUCGUUGGCGUCCAACGUUUCUGGGAAAGGCAUCUUGUGCGGCCACGCGAACGGGAACGUUGUUCGUUACUUCUUUGACGACGAAGGCUCAGGUGAAUCUCAGGGGAAGCUUUUGUCGCAUAUGUGCCCGCCCUACGCCCUCGCCUGGGGCGCCAACAGCGUGAUGGUGGGAGGCUGCGACAAGAAAGUGGUGGCCUACAGCCGCGACGGUCAAAUCCUUCAGACCUUCGACUACAGCCGCGACCGCAGCGAGAGAGAGUUCACCGUAGCCGCCAGCAGUCCCAGCGGCCAGUCGGUGGUACUGGGCAGCUUCGACAGGCUUCGGGUGUUCAACUGGGCGCCUCGGAGGGGCGUGUGGGACGAGGCCAAGUCGAAAGAGAUCGCCAACCUCUACACCAUCACCAGCUUGGCCUGGAAGAGGGACGGAUCUCGGCUUUGUGCUGGGACGCUUUGUGGGGGGGUGGAGCUCUUCGACUGCUGCCUGAGGAGGAGCAUCUACAAGAACAAGUUUGAAGUCACCUACGUGGGCCUGAGUCAGGUAAUCGUGAGGAACCUGUCGACGAGCUCGCAGGUGGUCCUCAAGUCGUAUUACGGCUAUGAGAUAGAGGAAGUCAAGAUCAUGGGCAAGGACCGCUACCUGGUGGCCCACACGUCCGACACCCUCCUGCUGGGUGACAUGCUGGCCAACAAGCUCAGUGAGGUGCCGUGGCCUGGUGGUGGGGGAAACGAGAAGUUCUUUUUUGAAAAUGACUCGGUGUGCAUGAUUUUCAAUGCCGGCGAGCUGAGCCUGGUGGAGUACAGUGACAACCAGGUGCUGGGUUCCGUCAGAACUGAAUUUAUGAGCCCUCACCUCAUCAGCGUGCGCAUCAACGAGAGGAAGCACAAAGGCGUCCAAGACAACAAAAAGCUUGCCUACCUCGUUGACCUGAAGACCAUCGCCGUUGUGGACCUGCUGGCCGGCUGCACUCUGGGAACCAUCAGCCACGACUCCAAGGUCGACUGGCUGGAGCUGAACGAGACGGGCUGCAAGCUGCUCUUCCGCGACAAGAAGCUGCGGCUUCAUCUCUAUGACAUCGACAGCGGCGCCAAAAGCACGCUGCUCAGCUUCUGCUCCUACGUCCAGUGGGUGCCCGGCAGUGACGUGGUGGUGGCCCAGAACCGCGGAAACCUGUGCAUCUGGUACAGCAUCGACAGCCCCGAGAGCAUCACCAUGUUCCCCAUCAAGGGUGACGUCAAAGAUCUGGAAAGAGCGGAUGGCAAGACGGACGUGUUGGUGACCGAAGGCGUCAACACGGUGACGUACACCCUCGAUGAGAGCCUCAUCGAGUUUGGCACGGCGGUUAACGACGGCGACUAUGGAGCUGUCACGGCCUUCCUCGAGACUCUGGAGAUGUCACCGGAGACCGAGGCCAUGUGGAAAACGCUCCGCAAUCUGGCUCUCGAAGCCCGUCAAGUGCACAUUGCGGAAAGGUGUUUUGCCGCCUUGGGUGACGUCUCCACUCUUCGCUACCUCCACCAAACAAACCAGAUAGCUGAGAAGGUUUCAAGGGAAAUGGGCGGUGAUGGAAUGAUGUUCUAUCAAGUUCAAGUGCGCAUGGCAAUGCUGGACAAGAACAUCGAGUUGGCCGAGAUGCACUACGUGGAGCAGAACGCCAUCGAUGAAGCCAUCGAGAUGUACCAGGAGCUCCACAUGUGGGACAAAUGCAUCGCCGUGGCCGAGGCCAAGGGCCACCCGGAACUGGAGACGCUCCGUGGGAACUACUACCAGUGGCUGACCGACACGGGCCAGCACGAGAAGGCCGGCGAGGUGAAGGAGGGCGAGGGAGACGACCAGGGCGCCAUCAACUUGUACCUGAAGGCGGGGCUGCCGGCAAAAGCCGCCCGCCUGGCCAUGAGCCGGCCCAAUAUCACCAACAACGGCGACACUGUCAGCCGCAUCACCGCCAGCCUUGUCAAGGCCGAGUACUACGAGCAGGCUGGUGACCUGUACGAGAAGACGCGCAACCCCCAGAGAGCUUUGGAGUGCUAUUGCAAAGGAGCCGCUUUCAGUAAAGCCGUGGAGCUGGCUCGCCACUCCUUUCCCGCCGAGGUGGUGAAACUCGAGGAGGCCUGGGGGGACUACCUGGUCCAACAGAAACAGAUGGACGCCGCCAUCACACACUUCAUCGAGGCUGGCUGCUCCAUCAAGGCGGUGGAGGCGGCCAUCGCAGCUCGCCAGUGGAAGAAAGCCGUCCACAUCCUGGAGCUCAACGAGGACCCGGCGGCCGCCAUCUACUGCCUCAAGAUCGCUCAGCACUACGCCUCCAUGCAGGAGAUGGAGGUGGCCGAGCAGCUGUUUAUCAAAGCGGGCCACAUUAAGGACGCCAUUGACAUGUACACGGCUGCGGGGUGCUGGGAGCAAGCGCACAAGUUGGCGCUGAAGUGCAUGAGCAAGGAGGAAGUCACCGAGCUUUACGUGAAGCGGGCUCAGGAGAUGGAGCGAGACGGCAAAUUUAAGGAGGCUGAGAGAUUGUUUUCCACAGUGAACCAAACGGACCUGGCCAUCACUAUGUACAAGAAGAAGCAGAUGUUCGACGACGUGGUUCGCCUGGUGGCCAAACAUCACCCCGACCUGCUGACCGAGACACACCUCCACCUGGCCAAGGAGUUGGAAGCUGAGGCCAAAUUCUCAGAAGCGGAACAUCACCUGAUGGAGGCCAAAGACUGGAAAGCUGCCGUCAACAUGUACCGACUUCAUGACAUGUGGGAGGAUGCGUAUAGGAUUGCAAAGAGCCAUGGCGGCCCCAACGCUCAGAAGCAGGUGGGCUACCUGUGGGCCCGCAGCCUGGGCGGGGAGGCGGCGGUCAAACUGCUCAUCAAGUUUGGCCUGCUGGAGUACGGCAUCGAGUCGGCGUCAAACAGCUUUUUAUUCGACUUUGCCUUCGAACUGGCUCGUCUUUCCAGCAAGGAGAAGAUACCCGAGAUCCACCUAAAGCACGCCAUGUACCUGGAAGAUGAGCGCAAGUUUGCUGAGGCUGAGCAAGAGUUCAUUAAAGCGGGAAAGCCCAAAGAAGCUGUGCACAUGUACGCGCACAACAAAGAUUGGAUCAACGCGCAGCGCGUGGCCGAGAGCCACGAUCCAGAGAGCAUCCCGGAAGUUCUGGUGGGACACGCCAAGUUGUGUUUUGAACAGAAAGACUACCAGAAGGCCGAAGCCCUCCUGCUCCGAGCUGAGAGAUCCGACCUGGCUGUCAAAUACUACAAGGACGCGGACAUGUGGAGCGACGCCAUGCGCAUCUGCAAGGAGUACUUGCCCAACAAGCUCUCCUUUCUUCAGGAGGAGUACGAGAAAGAGGCCACCAAGAAGGGAAUGAGAGGUGUUCAGGGUCUACUGGAACAGGCUCGGGAGUGGGAGCAGUCGGGCGAAUAUUCCCGGGCGGUGGAAUGUUACCUGAAAGUGAAGGACGACCCCAACGCCGCACUGAUGGAGAAGUGCUGGAUCAAGGCCGCCGAGCUGUCAAUCAAGUUCCUGGGUGAGGAGCGAGCCGUGAAGGUGGUUCAGGUGGUUGGACCUCGCCUGGCCCAGCUCCGGAAGUACAACACUGCCGCCGAGCAGUACUUACACGUGGGCCAGAUCAAGGACGCCAUCGAUGUCCUCAUGGAGGGCGAGGAGUGGAGCAAAGCCAAGAGGGUGGCCAAGGAGCUGGAGCCCAGGUACGAGAGCUACGUGGACCAAAAAUACAAGGAACACCUGAAGAACCAGGGCAAAGUUGACUCCCUGGUGGGCGUGGACGUCAUGGCUGCUCUGGACAUGUACGCCGAGAGAGGCCAGUGGGACAAAUGUCUGGACACGGCAUCCAAGCAGAACUUUAAGAUCCUCCACAAGUACGUGGCCUUGUACGCCACGCAUCUCAUCAAGGAGGGCUGCGCUCCGAAGGCGCUGCAGCUCUACGUGCAACACGGAGCGCCGCCUAACCCGCAGAACUUCAACAUCUACAAGCGGCUGUUCCUCGACAUGCUCCACCUUCCCGAGGCUCCGGAUUCGUACCGCACGUGGGCCGACCUCCGCGACGUUCUGCUGCAGCUGUGUGAGAACUUGUCCAAGUCGGCAGGUGAGAGCUCUGCGGCCCACGAGGACUUUGAGCGGAUGCUGCUGAUCUCGCACUACUACGCCAGCAGAGCCGCUGUCGCUGGGUUGGAGGAGCUGACGAGCAUCUCGGCCAAGCUAUCCGUGUCCCUGCUACGUCACACCGACCUGGUCCCUGCAGACCGAGCUUUCUACGAGGCCGGCCUGGCCUGCAGGGCGGCCGGCUGGGAAAACAUGGCCUUCAUCUUUCUCAACCACUUCCUGGACGUGUGUGACGCCAUCACCGAUGGGACGCUGGACUCCCUUGAUCACUCGGAUUUCACCGACACCGACAUCCCCUUUGAAGUUCCCCUUCCUCCCAAGCCUUGUGUUCCUGACCCGCAGCGGGAGGAGAUCCGCAACUGGGUCCUGACGGUGGCCGUGUACGGUCGCCUGGAGCAGGUCCUGCCACGAGACGAGAGGAACUCGUACGAAGCAUCGCUGGUGGACUCCAACAGCGGUCUUCGCUCGCUGCCUUGCGUUCUGACUGGCUAUCCCGUUUUAAGAAACAAAAUGGAGUUCUCGUCGGCGGGAAAAGCUGCCAACAAAGAAGACUGGAAUCGAUUCCUCAUGACCACCAAGACUAGUCAUAGUCCGGAGUGUCAGGACGUCCUCAAGUUCAUCAGCCAAUGGUGCGGCGGCCUGCCUGCGGCCGGAUUCUCCUUCCACUGACACCUUCGGAAGGUUCUCAACGAUUCUAUUUACAGUUUUUUUUUUUUUUUUUAGUUGCAAGUCUCAGAAUGCAGUUUUUUGUUGUCUGACUAACUUCCAUUGUAUUUUUUUUUUCUUCACAGGAUUCUUAGCCUGGAAUAGCAGCAACCUCAUUUCAUUCCCGGUAAUUCUAAAAUAGGACUUCAGCUCCAACACAAGAGUUAUUUAUUCUUAAUAUUACUCACGAUUGUUUUUUUGUAGGUUGUGUUUUUUGAGGGGAUCAAGUUUCCAAUAUAAAUGAUCUCCAAUCUAUUUUGUUUGCCCCCGAGUCUGUUCACUUUUGAAUGAACCCGAACGUAGUGAUGGUUCAAUGAAACUUUCAUCUUGACGCUGCUCUUGUGACGAUCGUCGAUUUUUUUCCUUGUGCGUGCAUUCAUAACGCAACGGUGACUGCUUGAAUGUUAAAUCCUCAAGGGUAUAACUCUGACAUGAUGUUCUUAACCUUCAGAAUAUGCUUCUAGGUGAAACCAAUUCGCCAAAAAGUCCUCAAAAGGUCCAAGUCCUCGCUAAUGUCGCUUUUAACGAUGUUGCUGUGAAUAGAUUCUGGAUGUUUUUUUUUUUUGUUUGUUUUUUUAAUCGACUUACAUCCGACUUUUAAGUUUUGCUUUCUUCUGAAUCGCCCCAUCCGGUCGCUAGGAAACACAUUCCUCCGUCUCUCAGGAGAAGGGCUCGUCCUUUCUUGCUAGCGAAUGCAUCAUCACCUUUUUUUUUUCUUUUCAAAAGUUGGAUGAAAAGUCCAACAUGCUUUGAUGUCUUUGCUCCUUGUGGCGCACAGAAAAAAAAAA